AUGUGUACUCAAAAACGUCAACAAGCAAAGAACACAUUUGAAAAAGAUUUAUACAAGCUGAUGGUUAACUCUCUGUAUGGAAAAAGUAUUGAAGAUAAACGUAAACAUCAAAAAGUAAAAAUUGUCCUCAAUCGUAAAAUAGCAAAAAAAUAUUCAAAAAACCCACUAUUUGAUCAGUUUAUGAUCUUGGAUGAUGAUAAAGCGAUUUUCAAACUUAAAAAAGAUAUUGUUGUGUUGGACAAACCAAUUCAUCUCGGUUUCACCGUUUUAGAAUAUGCAAAGCUAUUGAUGUAUCAACUACACUAUGAUACGUUUAAAUCACAUUAUGGAUCUAAUAUCAAGCUUAUUUACACUGACACUGACUCAUUUAUAUACCACAUAAAAACAGAAAACUUUUACAAUGAUCUUGAUCAUUUCAAAAAUAUAAUGGACUUUUGUGACUACCCAAAAGAUCAUCCUCUCCAGUCAAAUCGUCACAAGAAAAUGUUGGGAUAUCUUAAGGAUGAAAUGAACGGAAAACCAAUUCAUGAAGUUAUUGCCAUUAAACCAAAAAUGUAUAUUAUUAUCAGUGAUGAAGGAGAAAAGAAAACAGCAAAAGGAGUACAAAAAAAUGUACUACAACAACAAAUAAUCAAAGAAGAUUAUUUAACAUGUUUAUAUAAUUUAGAAACAUUCAAACAUACAAUGCACCGAUUGCAAAGUAGAAAUCAUCAAAUAUAUGGAAUUGAAUUACGUAAAGUGACAUUAUCACCAUUGGACGAUAAACGUUGGUCAAUAAAUGCAGUUGAUACUUAUGCAUUUGGAAACCACAAUAUAAUGGAAACUGAUUAA